AGCAAACGCAACCCCGUCGGAGUCGAGCCGAGACCUCGAGAUCGAGCCGAGCGGCGUGGCGAGAGGGGGAGGGGCGGCACUGGCGAACAAAACAGGCCCCGGCCCGCCGGGACAGGGACUUCCGUGGUUUGGAGCGCGUCCACGUCGCGCGCCCGCUUGGAAAACCUAAGCGCAACCGGGCUCAAAUCCGAAGCGGGGAGGGAGGGGUGAGGGGGCCGAAAGCUUGGCUGAGAUUCGCCUUCUCGCGGACGCCACUAGCGCGAGUGAGCUCGGAGCGAGGAGGGAGUGUGCGCAUGGAGGGGGACGACAAGUCGGCGGUGGUGGGCGGGGCCUACUGGGGCCUGGCGGCGAGGGCGUGCGACGCGUGCGGCGGCGAGGCGGCGCGGCUGUUCUGCCGCGCCGACGCGGCGUUCCUCUGCGCCGGGUGCGACGCGCACGCGCACGGGCCCGGGUCGCGCCACGCGCGGGUCUGGCUCUGCGAGGUCUGCGAGCACGCGCCCGCGGCCGUCACGUGCAGGGCCGACGCCGCCGCGCUCUGCGCCGCGUGCGACGCCGACAUCCACUCCGCCAACCCGCUCGCGCGCCGCCACGAGCGGCUCCCCGUCGCGCCCUUCUUCGGCGCGCUGGCCGACGCACCCAAGCCCUUCGCCUCGUCGGGCCCACCUGGUGCCGGUGCCCACGGCGGUGCGGCGGCGGCGGCCGACGACGACGGGAGCAACGACGCCGAGGCCGCGUCGUGGCUCCUCCCCGAACCCGACCACGGGCAGAAAGAUGGCGCUGUCGGUGCAACUGGCGUGUUCUACGCCGACUCCGACCCUUACCUCGACCUCGACUUCGCGCGCUCCAUGGACGACAUCAAAUCCAUCGGCGUGCAGAACGGUCCGCCCGAGCUCGACAUCACUGGCGGCAAGCUUUUCUACUCCGACCACUCCAUGAACCACAGCGUCUCAUCCUCGGAGGCGGCGGUGGUGCCGGACGCGGCGGCGGGCGCCGCCCCGAUGCCGGUGGUGAGCAAGGGGCGGGAGCGGGAGGCGCGGCUGAUGCGGUACAGGGAGAAGCGCAAGAGCCGGCGGUUCGAGAAGACCAUCCGGUACGCGUCCCGGAAGGCGUACGCGGAGACGCGGCCGCGCAUCAAGGGCCGGUUCGCCAAGCGCAUCCCUGGCGGCGCGGACGCGGACGCGGACGGGGAGGACGAGGAGAUGUACUCCUCCGCCGCGGCCGCCGUCGCCGCGCUCAUGGCGCCCGGCUCCGACGCCGACUACGGCGUGGACGGCGUCGUGCCGACCUUCUGAUCUGAUCGGAUCGGUGGGCGCCGCGCCAUCGCCACGGCGACCAAUCCCUGUGUACACUAGCCCUCCUCCUCGUUGGGCCGUAAUUUUGUUGCAUGCAUUUCGCGCGCGCGGGAAAUGCUCUCUGUAGCAUUAAUUAAUCGAUUGUACGAUUAUUACACGGAAGCAAUCCGGACUUCCACUCCUCCCUCCUCUGAUCCUCCUAUCCUUGCAUGUAUAUUAUCAUCACAUCACGAACUGCUGCUGCUAAUCUGCAACUGUAAUUUUACUAAUGAAUCAGUAAUUAGCCGUUGCAUCAUCGAUCGCAUUAAAGCUUCUCAUGAAUUAGUGUCUUCUGCUUUGUUUGCUGCUGGUUGGUUGUAGAACAGUGUCGCCAUUAGAGGUGACGCGACGGGAAGGAGGACAGGAAGGAGGUUAGGCCGUCUUUCUUUAUUGUGCCAUAUCUGUUUCGAUGUUGCCGUUGGUGUGUUUAGUAUCUUUCAACCUUUGUUAUUGGCACACUUAGCUACGUACUGUCUCCUUUUUGUAGCCUGGUAGAUUUUUAUUUGUUUGGUUGGCUGCCUUUGUUGGUUAAAACCACUAGUGAGAUGCAAUAUCCAGAACUCCGGGUGCUGGCGCGGAGUAAACUUUUUUUU